AUGCAGCCAUUUCCCACCAAGCCACCCAUUCGGCAAGUUAUCAAAAAACGAGGUGACGCUCCAACUAUUGUCUCUCUGAUUCCAUUUGGCGCUUCAAACCACGGACUCGAUGAAAUUGACAACGAUGAAGAAACUCCUCAAAUAUCUGAAGUCUAUUGCAACGUCAUCCUCAUUCUACUUGUUUUCAUGCUUCUUGCUCUCUUUUUGUUCAAAGUGGAGUGUGUCCUUACCGAAACUCCCACUCAUUGA